AUGGAAACAUUUAACAAAAAUCAAAAUAAUGAAUGUAAUGAAGAAGUGGAAACAAUAUAUGAGAUAGAGGAAGACCCAUUAUCACCUGAUUUACCAUAUACAAGUAGAGAGAAUUAUGGAGAUUCAUCAGCAUCAGCAUCAACACAUCUUUUACAUGAAAACAUUCAAAAAGACGAAUUUACACCUUUUCAGCAGCAGAAAAAUGAAAAAAAACAUGAACAGUUAGAAAAAAAUAAAAAUAAAGCAUCUAAAUCAUUUAUACGUUCUUUUACAUCACGAAUUUCAUCUCAUUAUACAUCUACAUUUCAUCAAAAUGACGGCGUCUUUGCAAACUUAAACGCCAAACCAGAAGUGUCUAAGGAAAAAUUUGAAGAAUUUCCGCCAUCCUAUGAACAAGCUGCGGCAGAUGCAACACCUUCUUACUGGGAAAAUACAAUGAUUGCUCCAGGUAUAUCUGAAGACGAAGUAUUUAUUAAUGGACUUCCAGUCGGAAAUAUUUUUGGGUUUUUAUGGAAUAUGCUAAUCUCUUUUUCAUUCCAAUUCAUUGGUUUUCUUCUCACAUAUUUAUUACAUACAACAUAUGCAGCAAAAUGCGGUUCAAAAGCGGGUCUUGGAACAACACUUAUUCAAUAUGGGUUUUAUAUGCGAUCUAUCAAAGAUAACGUAUUUAAUGAUGACACUUCUGAUAACAAUCCAAAAAAUGAUAAUCAAGAAUACCAAAACGAUUCUCUAGAUCAUAUAAUUAUCUCAUAUCUUCUAAUGAUUAUCGGUUGGUUUCUUUUAUUUCGGUCUACUACAGAAUUUUUAAAAGCAAGACGUAUCGAAAUGUGUGUUAGAGAAACAUCUUCACCAUCCAAUACUACUCAGACAACACGAAACGAAGCAUCUGAAACAGCAGUAUAA